GCGCCGAGGCCGGAGGGCUGGGGGGGCCGCUCCGCGCCGCAGUCCCCUGGAAAGCUCUGGGCCGGGCACGGAGGGACGGGCUGCGAACUCCGCCGGCGGCCUGAGCCCGAAGCGGGGAGUGGCUGCAGCUCCUUUCGUCCAGGGGCAGCCGACAGUCGUUCACGGAGCUCCUCUCUACUGGUUGCUGCUUUCAGUCGCCGACGAUGAGGAUCCGUUUGGCGAGAAGGUGGACGUGGGUCCGCAAAAGUUGCAUUUUUCUCGGCUUCUUGAUGAUCGCUUACUUCGUGGUCGAGCUCUCCGUUUCUUCUUUCGGUGCCUCCCUCACUGGGGAGAGCAUCACCAAAGGGAAAUGGGAGAGGCGCUUUUCUGACAGAGCAGAAGAGGCUGUGGAUUUGGCUCAUCCAGUUUAUGACAAAUCUCCGCCUGAUUCUUAUGCCCCAGGAGAAUGGGGUAAGGCUGCUCACUUGCAGUUGAGUCCCGAGGAGAAGAAACAGGAAGAAGAGCUGAUUGAGAAGUAUGCGAUCAAUAUUUUUUUGAGUGAUAAAAUCUCUCUUCACCGGCACAUUGAAGAUAAUCGACUGAGUGGCUGUAAAACUAAACCUUACGACUACAGAAGACUUCCCACGACAUCUGUUAUAAUCGCCUUUUACAAUGAAGCCUGGUCAACGUUACUGCGAACAAUACAUAGUGUUCUUGAAACGUCGCCUUCCGUGCUUCUAAAAGAAAUUAUACUGGUGGAUGACUUGAGCGAUAAGGUGUAUCUGAAGGCUGAACUUGAAAAAUACAUAAGUAGUUUGAAAAGAGUUCGUUUGAUAAGGACAAACAAGCGGGAAGGAUUGGUUCGUGCACGCUUAAUCGGUGCUACUUUUGCUACUGGUGAUGUCCUCACAUUUCUUGACUGUCACUGUGAAUGUGUUUCUGGCUGGCUAGAACCGCUGCUCGAGCGGAUUGCUGAGAAUGAGACUGUUAUUGUCUGCCCUGUCAUUGACACCAUUGACUGGAAAACAUUUGAAUACUACAUGCAAACAGCAGAGCCCAUGAUUGGGGGGUUUGACUGGCGGCUGACGUUCCAGUGGCACUCUGUGCCAAAACAUGAACGUCUCAGGCGCAAAUCUGAAACGGAUCCCAUCAGAUCCCCAACUAUGGCUGGUGGCUUGUUUGCUGUCAGCAAAAAGUAUUUUGAGUACCUAGGUACCUACGAUACUGGAAUGGAUGUUUGGGGCGGGGAGAACUUAGAAUUAUCAUUCAGGGUUUGGCAGUGUGGAGGCAUGUUGGAAAUUCAUCCGUGCUCCCACGUAGGCCAUGUGUUUCCAAAGCGUGCGCCCUAUGCCAGACCAAAUUUCCUUCAGAACACGGCACGUGCUGCUGAGGUGUGGAUGGAUGAGUACAAAGAGCAUUUUUACAACAGAAAUCCUUCAGCAAGAAAAGAAAACUAUGGAGAUAUUUCCGAAAGAAAGGUACUAAGAGAGCGUUUGAAAUGCAAGAGUUUUAACUGGUAUUUAAAAAACAUAUUUUCUGAGUUACAUGUACCAGAAGAUCGUCCUGGCUGGCAUGGUGCUAUCCGCAGUGCAGGAAUAACUUCAGAAUGCCUCGACUAUGUCUUACCAGAACAUAAUCCUACUGGGGCUCACCUUUCUCUUUUCGGAUGUCAUGGUCAGGGAGGCAAUCAAUUCUUUGAAUACACAUCAAAUAAGGAGAUUAGAUUUAACUCUGUAACUGAGCUGUGUGCUGAAGUCCCUGAGCAUGAAGACUUCAUAGGUAUGAGGAACUGCCCAAAAGAUGGAUCUCCCAUCCCAGAAAUUAUUAUAUGGCAUUUCAAAGAAGAUGGGACUAUUUAUCAUCCUCAUUCAGGAAAGUGCCUUAGUGCUUAUCGUACAACUGAGGGGCGUGCCGAUGUGCGAAUGGGGACUUGUAAUCCUGCAGAUAAAAAUCAGGUUUGGAAAUUUGAGAAAUAGUCUCUGCUGGUACUGUGAAUUGAGUGGACAGUGAUCCCCAAGGUUUUUAUAUGUAUGAGCGGAUAGAGACAUUUGGUUGUAUACCUUGGAAUAUCUUCAGAUGUGUCUGUAGUGGCAUAGAAACUAUAUCUGCUGUGGUGAACUGUAUGGAAAGAAGAACUAAAUGCUAGGGUUUAGUUUAUAAAGUAUUGAAUACAGAUCUAGUGCCUUUUAUUUUUGUAAAAUUUUGAUCAGCUAUUUUCUUACUUUGGUCUGUCUUGAUUAUGGUAAAACAGGGUUUUUGGGUGGACUGAGGAUGGGUUCUUUUUUCUUAAAAAAAAAAAAAAGUACACAUUAAACCUGCAAGAUAAUGUUACAUAAAAGAAUCUUUGCUUACCAGAAGUAAAAGCUAAAGAAUCUUGCAGUGAAAUUAACUGACCUGUGUUGCAGAUACAUUAUCAUAUAUGUAUCUAACACUAAGUAAUGCUACAGUAGCAUAUGAUUGCAUUGCCAUGGAUGUGGAAAACUGUAUCUUAAGCCUUUUAACAUUCUCCAGUUUUCUGGGAAUUUACAAGCUCUUAGGGGUUUCAGGAUGACAACGAACUAUAUUACAUUGAAGAGGAGGAAGUAUUUUCAGUCGGUGGGCUUUGGCACUGCUUUGCAGUCUUGUGCCUAUUCUGGAAGACUUACCUCAUGAGAGUGAGUCAGGAGCUCUUGUGUUUAGAGAAAGAGUGUGGUAGCAGUGGAACCAAGAACAUGCUGUUAAUGCCACAAAUGAUAAGAAAUACUGUUGGCUACAAGUAAGAAUUCAAUUUAAAGGUAACUAAGAGGGAAAGAAGGCACAGAGCUGCGUUAGCUAGUGCUGUUUCUUAGCUAUAUAUGUAAUACUUUUGUUACUCCUGUGUCAGCUUUUCAAUGUUAAGCCUGGCAUACUAGGGGCACACAGCUUUUGUAACUAUACCAUGUUUUUUUGUUGGUUGGUUGGUUGUUUUUUUUUUUUUUUUUUCCAAUCAGUAGUGUGGAGUUAGAAGAUACAGAGGAAAUCUUGGGUUGUUUCAUUUUGUGUUAUGUGUAUUAGCAACAUCUGGUAUGCAUCAGCCCUAGCUAGAGUUUUUAAAUAAUGCAGCAUACACUACCUCUUUCAUGUUCCGAAUCUAUCAUGGGGAGACCUUUAUUAAGGCUGAGAAAAACUGAGUUCCUGAAGUGUGGGGAGUUAACCAAAUCUUGUUUUCCUCCAAGCUGUCCUUUGGCUUAAGUGGUUCACAAAACAACUUAUUUGGAAUGUUUCCUGUAUCUUGUUGUCCUGAGUUUUGAAGAAUAUUGAUUCUUGAAUUGUGUCACUAAUCUGGUUUGAGUGUGAUUCUAGACAGUAGAUGUGAUAGGUAUAUUGUGUACUUGAAAUCUUGUGUUUAGUGUCUGCGUGUUAUUAACUUCAUAUGGUUUAAAUUAAUAUUUCAGGCAUUCCAGCCUUUUGAAUUGCUUUCACUGAAGUGAUAAAUAUUCUUCAGUAGUCAUAGUGUGUUAAUUCUUGUCAUGGAGCUAGUCAGUAGGAACUUGAACUAGUGAGCAAUAAGAAUCUGGAUACCUGAGGAAUGUAGUAGAUGUGCAUUUGCUGCAGAUGUUAAUAGGUAGAACGAUUAAAAGGGAGCAAGUGGGACCUGAAAUAAGUAAAGAUUUGCAAAAAAUAAAGCAAGAGUUAAGACAUGAUCUUGAAUAUUACUGGUUUUAAAGAACUGAGAUUUGAGUGGAAGCAGACUAAGAAGUGGAACAGAGUAAGAGGACUUGGAGCUGUGGAUGUCAUUCAGAAUAAUGCUAAAAAUGCUUGCCACUGUGUGGCAUCAGUUGUUUUAAUUCUAACUUUUUAGGAGAUUACUUGCAAUUUAUUUUUUUCUUUUUCCCUAAGCUGAUUUUUUUUUAAAGAAAGGGAGCUUCUUUACUAUAUAAGGGUGACAUUCCUGAAAAAUUCCACUCCACUCUGCAGCAAGGAAUUCUUUUGUGGACCUACAAGUUAUUAACUGUUUAUCAAAUCCUAAAAGACAGCCAGUCAUUAUGUACUGGGGCAAUAAAUUAUAUAAAAUAUGUGCUUUUAUGAAAAGCUUGCUAUAGACUGUUAUGUUCAGUAGAAAUGACAGGAAAAAGGCCCAGGUUCUCCUACAUGGCAGAGCAUAAGUUGUAUGUGCAAUGCAUGUUUCCUCAGAAGAAAGUAAUUAAAUGAUGUGAAUAUAGACUAUGCAACUUUUAUAUUAUUAACUUUUUUGGGACUUGGUAAAAAACUGCAUUUCAUAUAACAAACUACCUUCAUGUUCAACUGACAUUCAAAGUGUUCCUUAUCUCUUUAAGCAAUAAGUCAAAAUGAAUCUGCCUCUUGAAAAGAUGUUCUCUCUAUAUGUAUCUGGAUACUUCCUUUCUCUCCACCAUGUCCUAUUCUAUUUUUGUGGUUAUUUAAAAAAAUAAAAAGGAAAAAAUAGAAGGGCAAAAGUAAAACAUAUG